CAGCCUGGGCGGGCUGCGGGGCAGGUGCUGCUGGCCGCGGGGGGACCCCAGACGCCGGCACGAGCGCAGGCGGGCUGGCGGAGCGCAGCGACCCUGCAGAGCGCAGAGCCCCGGAGUGGGGGGGGGGCCCUCAGCGUCAAGAUACCUGUCUCUUCCAUAAUUGAGAGUCAAUAUAAUCAGAGAUUGAAAUGGUAUGACACAAGCUUUGAAUUGUUUGACUUUGAAGGCCUUCAUGGUUUUCUAAGAACUUGGAACAGAAUUUGGACACCUGGUUCUGCGCAGCCCCAUGUUAUAAUGCCAUCCUUGCCUAAUGAGGGAGAUAACCAAGGAACCUCUUGUCUGACUUUGAGUUCAGAACUGCCUUACCAAAGCACAAUUAAAAGAAAAGUCAGAAAGAAGAAAAAGAAUGGAAUCAUCACUGCGAACGUUGCCGGCACAAAAUACGAAAUUGUUCGUCUAGUAAUAGAUGAAAUGGGGUUUGUGAAGACAAGAGACGAAGAUGAGACUGCUAAUCUCAUAUGGAGUGAUUCUGCUGUGCAACAAGACAAGAUUGCUGAGCUCCGAAACUACCAGAGAAUCAACCAUUUUCCAGGAAUGGGAGAGAUCUGUAGGAAGGAUUUCUUAGCAAGAAACAUGACCAAAAUGAUCAAGUCUCAGCCUCAGGAUUAUAGUUUUAUUCCUCGAACAUGGAUCUUCCCUGCAGAAUAUAUGCAAUUUCAGAACUAUGUAAAGGAACUGAAGAAGAAGCGAAGACAGAAAACUUUUAUAGUCAAACCAGCUAAUGGUGCAAUGGGGCAUGGAAUCUCUCUGAUAAGAAAUGGAGAAAAACUACAAGCUCAGGAUCACUUGAUUGUCCAGGAAUAUCUUGACAAACCAUUUCUUAUGGAAGGUUACAAGUUUGAUUUACGAGUGUACAUUCUGGUGACAUCCUGUGAUCCAUUAAAAAUAUUUUUAUAUCAUGAUGGACUUGUGAGAAUGGGCACAGAGAAGUACCAUCCUCCCAAUGACUCUAAUUUGAGCCAGUUGUAUAUGCAUCUAACCAACUACUCUGUGAAUAAACAUAAUGAGCAUUUUGAACGGGAUGAAACAGAAGAUAAAGGCAGUAAACGCUCCAUAAAAUGGUUUACUGAGUUUCUACAAACAAAUCACCUUGAUGUUUCCAAAUUCUGGAGUGAUAUUUCAGAACUAGUGGUGAAGACUCUCAUAGUAGCAGAGCCACAUGUCCUUCAUGCUUAUCGUAUGUGCAGACCAGGCCAAGCUCCUGGAAGUGACAGUGUCUGUUUCGAAGUACUGGGAUUUGAUAUUCUGCUGGACAGAAAACUAAAACCCUGGCUCCUGGAGAUUAAUCGAGCCCCAAGCUUUGGAACUGACCAAAAAAUAGACUAUGAUGUAAAAAAAGGUGUUCUACUAAAUGCACUAAAGCUUCUCAAUAUAAGGACAAGUGAUAAAAGGAGAAACUUAGCCCAACAAAAAGCUGAGGCUCAAAAGAGACUUUAUGGUCAAGGCUCAAUGAAAAGACUGUCACCAGGAUCCUCUGACUGGGAAAAACAGCGCCACACGCUAGAGAGGAGAAGAGAAGAACUGAAAGAAAGACUUGCGCAAGUUCGUAAACAGAUUUCCAAAGAAGAGCAUGAAAACAGACACAUGGGGAACUACAGGCGAAUUUACCCUCCUGAUGAUAAGCUGUUACUUGAAAAAUAUGAGAGUUUGUUAGCCAUUGCUUUCCAGACGUUCCUUGCUGGGAGAGCUGCGUCACUUCAGCGGGAGUUGAAUAACCCUUUGAAAAGAAUGAAGGAGGAAGACAUUUUGGAUCUUCUGGAGCAAUGUGAACUAGAUGAUGAAAAACUGAUGGGAAAAUCCACUAGGCAACCAGGACCCAAGCCCCUGUCUUCUAUGCCAGAAAGUUCACAGACCUUAAAAAAACAGAGGAACUACAGUAGUGAGAGUAGCUGUGACAGCAGCAGCAACACAUCAGAAUGGGAGGAGGAAACUGAAAUGGAAGAUCACAAUGAGAAAAAAGAGAUGAAAGAGUCAUAUGAGCUUGAAGAAAACAAGUAUAAAUUAUUAGAGCGAUCCAGCAGAUUACACUGGAAACCUUUAAUUAAAAAUAUAAAAACUCCAUCAUAUUCACCCUCCACAUCAUCCACAGGUCCUAUAAGGCGUUCUGUAAGCUGUCCCCGUUCAAUAUCAAUCUUCGCUAUACAGUCACAAGCAGCUGAGCAACGUCCUUUUUCAGCCAAACCUGCAGUGCAAAUGCCACGUCCGUCGUCAAUGAAUAGGUCCCAUUCUUUAACUCGUAAUUCAUCUUCAGUCAGAAUGUGUAAUACUGCUAGUCUGGGCACAGUACACUCUUCAGGGAGAACAAAAGAGCAAGAGGAGGCAUUGACAAGAGAGACACUGUUCAUUUUCAAUGAUAUGAGGAUCAAGUUCCCAGGAAAAACAGAUGAAGAGGCAGAAUUAAUCAUAGAAAAUAUUAUGGAUAAUUGGAAAUACCAUAAGACAAAUGUGGCUUCAUAUUGGCUGAUAAAACUGGACUCUGUAAAGCAACGAAAGGUUUUGGACAUAGUGAGGACAAGUGUUCGUGCUGUUCUGCAACGUGUCUGGAGGGUUUCUGACGCUGAAUGUUUACAUUUGUACCGUAUUUUUAACCGUGUGUUUAAUCGCUUACUCUGGAGCCAUGGCCAAGGCCUGUGGAACUGUUUCUGUAAUUCAGGAAGUUCUUGGGAGACCAUAUUCAGUAAACGGACAGAGGUGGUGACUCCUGAACAACUCCAGUGUUGUCAACGACUAGUACAACUUUGUAAACACUGCCUGCUAGUGGCUUACAAAUAUUCAGCAGAUUCAAGAGGAUCUGUUACUGGAAUUAGCCCUGACUGGGAUGAUACAAGGUAUUUACUGCCAGGACCUUCACAGUUAAUCAUGAAAACAUCCUCCAACUUUAUCUGCACUUCAUCUGGAAUGCCUCGCUCUAACAUAUUGUUUGCACCCAGGUAUAGCCACUUGUGAAACAAAGAGAAGAGUGCCACGCUUGAUAAAUAAUGGCAUUCCAUUUUUCCACUUUAAAUUUGUGAGGGAGCUGAAUAUAAGCACUGUUAUAUUUGCUACAGUACAUAAAAUUUAGCUGAAAUCCUACUGUAAAAGCAUAACCUUUCUGGAAAUGUAAUAAACAUUGUUAAGUUGUUUACACAAAUAUGUGAAUGUCCAGAUCUUGCUAGGUUUAUAAGUAAUUCCUUCCUACUAGAAAUGUUAUUUUUGCUGCAAUAUAUAAAAUUGAGUUAAUCUUGAAGAUCCUAUUACAGUGUUAAAUUAGGUACAAUAUCUUUUAACUUGAAAUAUAUUUAUUGUAAAUCAUACUGUUCAUUCUCUCCUAGAUAAGCCUGUUGUAGAACAGUAAUGGUAAUUAAAUAUAAGUCGUCUGAUCAUUUCUAUAGCACAUUUUAAAAUAUUGUAAAAGCAAGAUCUAAUAUACAGACAUUUGUAUUUCUCCUAUGAAAUUACAAGGUAUGUGUAAUAUUGUUUUUCAGUAAGGACAUAAAGUAUCUUUUAGUCUAAAUGAAGACAAUCCAGAGGGUAAAUAUUCAAAUAUGCCAGUUCUGGCAAAUAGCUUCCAGUUGGAUCCUUGUAAUAAAACAGAAGGCAACGGUUAUUGUCAGAUCUUCCUUCAACCUUCUUGUGUCUUGUGCCUUUCAGUUUCAUUUGGGAUCAAGUAGUAACCUACAACUCAUAAAAGAGCCAUGCAUAUUUUCUUCCAUUCUGCUGCACAAGUGAUGAAGCAGACAUUUUUCAGAAUUACUGCAGUGCAACAGUAUCCUCUCUAAACCUUAAAAUAGUAUGAUUUGGUUUGGUUUUCACUGUAGGGUGCAUUAUAUAUUGUAGAAUGUAUACUCUAAUGGACAGUAUUUUCUAGACUUGCUGAAAUCCUAACAAAAUGGUUGAAGGUACAAUUAAUUAGAUUUGUUACUCAAAUUCAGCUUUGCAGACCUGGCUGAGUGACACAAUAAGAACUUGAUAUGUUCAUGAGCCAGAUCCUGAAGGCAGAGGUGAUUUGAAGUGUGAUCUACAAAACGUAAUUUUAAGAGUCUCUCAAUAUCCACACUUGUCCCAUUAAUCCCUAUACAUCAGAGAUCCACAAACUGUGGGGCAUGCUCCCCUAGGGUGGGGCACCAAGGAACAUUUGCAGGGGGGUGUGGUGGGCUGGGUCAGCUCCUACAGGGGGCAGGGAGGAAGGGUCACUGAGCCCCAUUCAUAGCUUUGCUCCAGCCAUGGCCCCAGCUCCCUGCCUGAUCCCGUCACAGCCUUGGCACUGCUCUGCAUUUGGCUGGGGGCUUGGCUUCCAGGCCGCACCAUGGCCCAGCUGUGGCCCCGCUCCCAGUUCCACCCCAGCCUCGGACCCUGGCCAUGGCUCCAUCCCCAGGCCCAGACCCACCCCCAGCUGCAGCUCCAGCCUCAGACCCUUACCCCGUCAGUGUCCCCUUCCCCUAACCAUGACCCCACUCCUGGCCAUGGUUCCAGGGGGGUGCAGACAGAGGGAAGGGGGCACAAUCCUCAAAAGUUUGGGGACUACUGCUGUACAUGUACAUCCUAAUAAGUAAUUUUUAAAAAUGAAUCCCGUUUGUAACCAAUUAACUGCCUUGUUCCUGUUUGGUGUCAAAUGCCUGUUCACUCACUAGUGAAAGUGGUCUUACAAAAAUAUUUUUAUAGUUAUUUUCCAGAGACAAUGUACUAAAUAGGGUGGUAGCCUAAUGGCCUUUCUGCCAGAGCAUUACAUGCUUUUUCCUACUCACUGACUGGGGACAUGAAAAUUUCUCUGGGAUUGAUUUUUGAAACCUUGGCUAGAGCCUACCAAAUAGGAAAUUUUGACAUCUAUGCUUUUGCCUAUCCAAGUUCCAUACCUGUAAGAUGACCAUUCAUAAUAGCAUGACUGUUUCCUAGAUUUUUUUAAAUGUAUUAUGCAUUUACAAUUUGACUCCGAGGCUGAUCAGAUACAGGCAAUCUACUAGUCUGGCAGAAUCUCUUCCUCUUCCCUGGUAAUGCUGGUUUGCUCACACAGCAUGCUCCCAUCAGUCCACUUGAUGUAUCGCUGUGGGCCAUACAGUGGUGACAGCCGAUAAUGCAAAUUACAUAGGUUUUACAGGUAAUCGCAACAAAAUCCGUAAAUCCGUCCCUCCAGGGAGUGCUAAUGUACAGUGGUCUCCACAGUAUUCUGCUUUUGGCCAUAGGGGAAAUUUGGAUCAGUGUCCAAAGGUGCUGAGCAAGGGGACUGGGCAGUCUCUCUGGCUAAUUUUGCCAGCAGUAGAAUUUUUAAAUAUAGGGCAUUAAGUACAGAUAUGCAAGCUAGGUAGAACUAGAGAAAUCAAGGGUAUGUGUGGGAUGUACACAAAUGUAUCAAGUGAUUGGUUUAAGUUUUCAAAAAUGAUUUUAGCUGAUAUUUCAUUGUGUUCUUAUUUCUGAUGAGCCAUGCUGGAGUGGUAUAUAGUUAUUAAAUCAAUAUUUCAGCAGAAUACAGUAAUCCUAAAUACUUUUAAUCUCUGCCAUGUGUACGAGCUGUCUACUCUAUAGUUAAAGGGGACUGUGUCAGGGACAGUUACAAUCAGGUUCUAUAUGGUAGUAUAAACCAGCUCACCAGCCAGUGCAUCAAAGCUCCCAACAGCAGCAAAAUUUCAGUUCCUUUCUUCAAGGAUAGGUUUAUGAGUCAAAACCAAGACAGUCUAACUUAAAUCAAACAAGUAAACCACAUCCUGCUGGUUAGCCCAUUUCAAAGUCCUUUUCCUUCACCCAGGGCCUCCUGCAGAUCUCUCUGUAACUGGGCUGCUUGCUAUUCUUUUAUCUGAUGAGGAGGUAAUCUGCAGGCUAUCACCUGAUUCCUGACCUCAAACCUGUCACCUGAUAGGCAGCUAAUUAAUCAUAGGUGGAGCUAAGCCUAUCCCCCUUAAAGGGCCAGCCCAACCUGUGAGAAGGUCCACAACUAUAUUUCCAAAUUGUAUUAGAGUCUUAGACAUGUUUUAACCAAAAGAGGGGGGAUGUGGUUGUAAUUGCACUAUAUGUACAACAAAUGACUAAAAUAAAACUAGUUGUAUAUAACUUAUAAUAAAUGAUCACAAAGAAAAUGCCAAAUGAUAUAAAAAUAAGAUUUCUGCAUAGCUUUAGCAUAUGAAUUCUAUAUAUUUUAGAUUAAUAUGAUGUUUCCAAACCUGUAGGAUAGACCUCCACUAUAGCCCUUAGGAAGGCUUGAGAAGAGACCCACGGGAGGCAGGGAAAACUGCAUUAGCCUGGAUCUAUUCUAACCGGCACUGCAACUCUGAAAGGAUAAUGAACAGUAGCAGCCCAGAUUCUCCUUCUUCCAAAUAAAAGUACUCAUUUUGCUCAGCCCACUGUGUAAGAGAGUUCACAGGAUAAGAUACGCUAAUUACUACAAAUAAACUGCAGAUUUCAUUUUUUGAAAGUCCUGGAGACAGCCACCUUGCUAAAACAAUAAAUCCCUUUUGAGGGACAGACUAAGCCUUCUGCUUUAGUAACUUUACAAUCUUGAAAAAUUGUCGACAUUUAGACAAAUUAUACAUUUUUACAGUGUGUGGGGCAGCAAAUGUAGGAUUUUCCCAUUCAGUGUUACAGUGUCCUGCCAUCCAUUUGAAAACAUAACUUAUAACCAUAGUCCCCCACCCACCCCGCCAAAACCUAGCCCAUUAUGUGGAUUUUGUGCAUUGAUAGGAGAGCAGAUUUUUUAAAAGUCUGAAACUGUCUGCUUAUUCUCUCUCUCUCUCUCUCUCUGUUCCUCCUCCCACUCACCCUUAGUUUACCAGAAAGCAGACACAAUCCUCAGGUAUCUGGACAUUUAUAGCUGUCAUAUACCUGGGGGCUGACUCUGCACAUGUGUUUAGCUCCCAUUCUAGACCAUCACAGUUACAUGUGCUUCCGGCUUCUUUGGAGAAUUGUUCCUAGAAAUAGCUUCUAAAUAUUGAAACUAAUUUAGAAACUGGUUUGCUGUCUCUUAUACUGUGUGCUAGUGUAAAAAUGACUAUACUUUAAGGCAGGAUUGACACUUCUAGGACCACACUGAGAAAUACCAAUUACAAAAACUUAAGAAGACUUCACACUUUAUUUGUGAUGACAAGCAGUUCUUACCUUAUGAACAUUUAUGAUGAUGAUACUUGCUCUUACCGCCUUUACUGGGAGAAAAUUCCUAUUGAAAUCUGUAGGUGUUUUGUCUGUAUGGACUGCAGAAUUGGCUUCUAGGAGCGAGCAAAAUGGGUGCCAUUUUCCUUAAUGGAAAAGCUAGUGGUGCAAAUAUGUUAAUAGUUUGAGUGUUUUAAAUAAAGCACUAGGUCCAGUAAUUUCCCACCCUAAAAAAAGUGCAAUAUAAAACUGCUUUUGCAGUUCUUGGUAACAAACUCAGGAGUCCAAAUAUAAAGGCAGAACAGCACAGCAGGCACUAUACGUUAAGCAUUACUUUUCCGAGGUAAUGUAAGAAAAGAACCUAAUAGCCCACUUGGUGGACUUUGGCCUUAGAAUCAUAGAAUAUCAGGGUUGGAAGGGACCUCAGGAGGUCAUCUAGUCCAACCCCCUGCUCAAAGCAGGACCAAUCCCCAAUUAAAUCGUCCCAGCCAAGGCUUUGUCAAGCCUGACCUUAAAAACUUCUAAGGAAGGAGAUUCUACCACCUCCCUAGGUAACGCAUUCCAGUGUUUCACCACCCUCCUAGUGAAAAAGUUUUUCCUAAUAUCCAACCUAAACCUCCCCCACUGCAACUUGAGACCAUUACUCCUUGUCCUGUCCUCUUCUACCACUGAGAAUAGUCUAGAACCAUCCUCUCUGGAACCACCUCUCAGGUAGUUGAAAGCAGCUAUCAAAUCCCCCCUCAUUCUUCUCUUCUGCAGACUAAACAAUCCCAGUUCCCUCAGCCUCUCCUCAUAAGUCAUGCCUUCAGGGUAAAGUUUUGUCUGAAAAUGAAUUUCUUGUCUUCAUUAUAGAAAAGUCAGUCUACACUAUGGCAGUUACUUUACUGUGUAGGAAAAUGUACAGCUAAAAUCUGACGAGUAAGUCAGAUUGAGUGGGGGGAGGGAUAGGUCAGUGGUUUGAGCAUUAGCUUGCUAAACCCAGGGUUGUGAGUUCAAUCUUUGAAGGGGUCAUUUAGGGAUCUGGGGCAAAAAUUGGGGAUUGGUCCUGUUUUGAGCAGGGGGUUGGACUAGAUGAUCUCCUGAGAUCCCUUCCAACCCUGAUAGUCUAUGAUUUCUUAGUCAUGACAAGGACUUCUAGGAAAGUUUUUGUUUUGAAUAAUAAGGUACAGAUUGAGUUUACAUUUUAUCUCUCUUUCCAUAUCUUCUAAAUGUAAAGACGGAACUGUAUUGGAGUUACAUAACAUCUAAUUUAGGUAUAUCAUAUGAAAUACUGAAAAAGAGCUAACUUGGAGCUCUUUGAUUUAUUCCUGUUUUCAGAUAAAGUUCAUUUUUAAGAGCUCUGUUAACUUGAAUAUUUGUCAUUCUUCUGACUUGCUACUAUUUUUGUUGCAUUUUUUCUGUAGGAAAGUUUUCCUGCAUUAAUUGUUGUUCUUCAUCUAAGUUCUUUGCUCUGUAGGGGGUCACCCCUAGGCAGAAGGCCAAUACAAAGUCUCUGCACCAUCUAAAUUCCUUAUAAGCCCUCAAAUAGUGCCUUUAGUGGGACUUAAUGGACCAUGAGCUUAUGCUAAUCCUCAGCUCAGGCGUGAGUUUCAAUGUAAUUCAAGUGAAAGGGGCUGUUAAAGGAGAGUGUUCCCUCAAAGGUAAACAGUCUGAUCCUUUUCUCCUGUAGGCAUAUCCUAAAGGAUGCUGAGUUCCUAAAACGCUAAUUGAUGCCAGUGGAAGUUACAAGUACUCAGCACCUCCACGGAGGUAGUUUAUUGAAUUCAGUGGUAAUUUUGCCACUUAUGUCACUGGGAGCAGGAGUAGGCUUUAAUUUUGAGGCUGUGUGGCUGGAACUCUUUUUUUUUUUUUCGUCCACUGUUCCUACUUUCAGAAAAAAAGACAACAUUCUGUGUUGAAGAGCAACGUAGAAAUAUUUUAGUCCAUGCUGCUAACGUUUGUAUUUAUAUUUAUUAAAAUUUUCUGAUAGGACAUACUGAGAAUGGUGUCAGGGUCCUGCUUAGUAUCGUGUUACAUGGGUAUAAGCACUGUGGAUACUAGACAAUAUUCUGAUUCAUGAUUUGGAUAAUGGAACAUAGAGUGUGCUUAUAAAAUCUGCAGAUGGCACCAAGCUGGGAAGGGAUGCUAGCAUUCUGGAAGACAGGAUUAGAAUUCAAAACAACCUCGCCAAAUUAGAGAAUUGUUCUGAAAUCAACAAGAUGAAAUUCAGUAAAGACAAGUGCAAAGUCCUUCACUUAGGGAAAGAAAAUUCAAAUGCACAGCUACAAAAUAGGGAAUAACUGGCUAGGUGGAAGUACAGCUGAAAAGGAUCUGGUGCUUACAGUGGAUCACAAAUUGAAUAUGAGUUAACAAUGUGCUGCAGGUGCAGAAAAGGGUAAUAUUCUGUGGUAUGUUUAGUCUUGAGAAAAGAAGAUUGAGGGGGGACCUGAUAAGUCUUCAGAUGUGUUAAGGGAUGCUAUAAAGAGGAUGGUGAUCAAUUGUUCUCCAUGUCCAGUGAAAGAAGGAUGAGAAGUAAUAAAUAAAGAAGCAAGGAGAUUUAGGUUAGAUAUUAGGGAAAAGCUUUCUAACUGUAAAUAUAGUUAAGCUCUGGAAUAGGCUUCCCAGUGAGAUUAUGGAAUCCCCAUCAUUGGAGGUUUUUAAGAACAGGCUGGGCAAACUUGUCAGGGAUAGUUGAUGUUUACUUGGUCCUGCCUCAGCGUAGAGGGCUACACUGGAUGACCACUUGAGAUCCCUUCCAGCUGUACAUUUCUAUGAUUCUAUGGAUUCCUGGAUGCAGCUCAUACUCUCAUAGGCUCUCUUGCACUGAGCAAAAGUCAACUCCACCUUUUAGACUGUAAGCUCUUUGGAAGGGACUGUCAUUUUCUAUUUUUGUUAAGUGACACAAUAGGGCCUCACCCUGUUUGAGGUCUGUAAGUGGUUCUCACAGUACAAAUGAUAAAUAACAGUUGAAACUAGUUUGUAUAGCUCCUUAAACACCCCUGAUUAUUUCUAAUGUAUUUACAGCUGUGUGGAGCAAAAAAGGGAACAUAGUGUUCAGUGAAAUGGGCUCUGGCAGUUCCCAGAGCCAUUAUUUAAUAUUUUAUAGUGGCUCAAAUGGCUGCAUAGCAGUCUUAGUCACCCAGAAAACUUACCCCGCCAAGAGCUAGACUAACAGCCACUGUUAUGAAGAAGUAGAGGCCUGUAACUGAGUGACACACACAUGCCUUCUCCUUUCCAGUGCAUUAGUCAAACAGCUGAGCAUUGUUGUUGCAGUAGAAACAACACAGGAUCAUGGGGACUGCUAGACAUGGAGCAUGUUGCUGAGCAUGGUUUUGUACAACUCACAGCUGCAGAUUUGUGUUAUAGCAGCAUAUGCACUGAUGUAAUAGUAGUAAGUGCAGUGAUGUUGCUAUGAGGCACUGACUUCAAUGAAAAUUGAGGGCGUUUAGCACCUCCCAGGAUCAGGUCCUAAGUGGACAAGAGCUGUCUGAUGUGCCAGGCGCAUCUUCAUGGAUCUGCGUAUAGCAUUUUCACUUAGGUCUAUUCUUGUUCUGGCCACAUGUAUUGUCCAGGUGAAAGUCCCUCAGUAGGGCAUGGAAGACACUGUAUUUCUUAAAGCCCUGCUUCCCCACAUAAUGCAAACAAGGAGCGGGAAUACAACCAAUAAAACUAAGACCACCUAGUAAUAGUCACGGGGGUAUGAUUUUCUUCCACCCCCAACUGCCCGCUCUCUUAGGUCUGAUUCUUGCUUCAGACUGGCAUGCUGCAGAGCAGGAUGACUACUUCCUCAUGCAGGGCUUUCCCUGGGCACUGGAGUAAAUUCUUGCCCCACACUACUGUAGGGUGGGCCUCUUGCUUUCUAUUCUACUCACUCAGAGUGUCAGAGUACCUCCAGCCUGACUGAAACAACAGAAUAUAGGGAAGUGGGACAACCAUCCCAUGGUUUAAGGUCAGCCAGAUUGUUACCAGUUGCUGCUGUUUUUAACGCAGUACACAACCAAAGACACCCCAGAAAACAUAGGCCAGUUUGGGAGCAGAUCUGAAGACUAAGAUGAUCUGAUAUUUGUAACAAUUGUUUUGUACCAGUGAUGGUAUUCUAAGCUUGUUUGCACAUCCUCCUGGUCUUUUUUUGUUGACUUGUUUCAUUAGUGGUAAGGUCAGCCAUGGUGAUAUCAUCAAAACAAUGUAUUUGGGUAACAUUCAACAUGAACCAAAGCCUGCAUUUGGCAUGUGCCAAGUUUGGAGUAGCAUAGAAACCCACACGUGGUCAGCAGCCCUUCCAGCACACUCUAGUGUCUUGCUGUUGUCAGCCCCAUAUCCUCCUUUCAUCUUGAAAGCAGAACCCCGUAAAGUCAAACACACUGACUCAAAUCUGUUGGCAGCUGUUGACUUCCUAUCUCCUCCUCCCUGUUAACACCAAUGGCCCAGGCCUGCUAAUGACAAGCAACUAUUCCUCCUUUGCUCCACAGAUAUGCUUCUGAGGGUCAUUAGAGUCCGGCCAUGCACCAGGUGUCUUUUCUUUGCUCCAUAGAAGCUAGCCCCAAUUAUAACUAUGUAUUUCUGAAAAAACAAUGUAAGAACUAAUAUUCUUUAUAUUUACUAGCUUACAAGCUACUGACAUCUUAUUUGCUCAAGUUGUUACAACUUUCAGAGUACUGUGGCUGUCUGGCAUGAUACAGGAAGGCAAAGAUACCACUGAACUUUCUUUUGGAAGUGCAAAUAUUUUCAGACCUCAUUUUUCAGCCCAGUCAACGCAUGCAAACAGUAAAUAUUGCAUAUGCUGUAACCUCCAAAUAUUAACUGGAUUGAUACAAAUUUGGGAUUUGAGGAUAAGGUUAAUAAUAAUGAAUUUGCUAACAUGAUUCAAACUAUUCUCAUGUGCUUUCCUAUCUGUCUUUGAAUGCAAAUGUUGUUACAAAGAAAAUGCUUGAAAUGUCAACAUAAUAUGCAAUUUACAUAGUUUUGUCAUGGCCCUGUAUAUAUGAAGCUUAUUUCAGUUACUCAAAUAUGUAUAAUAAUAAAAAAACGGUCUAACAUAAGAAGGCUGUAGUAUGUAAUCAGAUGGCUACUUUUGCUUUACAAACACUCACAUUGUUUUAGCAGUGGAAAAAGCUUAGCUCCCAAUUAAGCUUUCGGAAUGAUGGGAUAUAUUUCAUAGUAAUUGUCGUCUUCUGCACUGACUUCAACAGCACUACAGGGAUGACUUUACCAGCUAUUAAAGUCAAGUCAAGUAAAUAAAAUCUGUAUACAUUUUUGUUUUAGUUGGCUGUAAUAUAACCUGUUCUAAAAUUCUAGAAGGGCAGUUGUAUAUCUUCUUUUUUUUGGAUCAAGCAUUAUAGCAACACCCCGUAGUGCUAAAAUAGCUAAGGUUGUGUCAGCAUUUCUGUGACAUACGAGUUUAUACUUUACUUGGAUUGCAAUUUAGCACACAAAAUCUCAGCUGGAAGUACAAUACCUUUACUAUGGUCAUUUAAACAACAAUAAAUUUGGCAAUUUUUAAGUUA